CCCGUGGUUCCCAACCAAUGGAUGUCGAGCGUGCCGUGCCCAAAUGACUCUUUUUUGACUGGAUUAUGAUUAAUAUAGUCGGCUAUCUGGCUACAGAGAUAAUUCUGCGACCACCGACUGGCCCAGAGUAGAGAGUUGAGCACCACCACUCACAGCGCAAGUCCAGGAAAGCGUGGAGUUUUGUUGUUGUAUUUUAUUUUUUCGGUACUGAGGCUCCGGUGGUAGAAGGUUAGCCGUGCAGCGCGCGCGUGUGUGUACAUGGUUGGCAUCAUGGAAUCGGAGACUGGGAGCACCACGAGUCCCGGCCCGGGCCAGGAGAACAUUAGCUUCAGUAUCAACCAAAUUUUGAACAGUCAAAGCUCGUCGUCGUCGCAGCCCCUGUCACAUCCGUCCAUAUGUAUGUCUCAGCCCAGUUUCUACUCCCCUCACCUCUCCUGGCCCACGACGCCGUCCUGUGGCAGCGUGGCCAACGGCGUGAUCAGAGUACCGGCGCACCGGCCCGCUCCGCCGCCCCUCAACGCGCACUUCCCAUGGAUGGACCAACGGGCCAGGCUCGCCAAGGAAGGUCUAGCAGUGCCACCAUUUACCGUUACACGGCGGAUCGGGCACCCCUAUCAGAACAGGACGCCGCCAAAGAGAAAGAAACCGAGAACCUCCUUCACAAGGCUUCAGAUCUGCGAACUGGAGAAAAGAUUCCACAAACAGAAAUAUUUGGCGUCAGCAGAGAGAGCUCAACUCGCCACCCAACUCAAAAUGACUGACGCCCAAGUCAAGACUUGGUUUCAGAACAGAAGAACAAAGUGGAGGCGGCAGACAGCCGAGGAGAGAGAGGCGGAGAGACAGCAGGCCAACAGAAUGCUGCUGCAGCUACAAGCGGAAGCAGCGAAGAACAUGCCUCAGACUUACGAUCCUAUCUGUGCUUACAACGCGUCUUUGCACGCCCUACAAUCGCUUCAACCGUGGGCAGAGAACAAGCCCGACCCCAACCGGCCGGCCUACCUGAACGCACCCUCCCUCACCACGCCAACGAUCUGCUAGCAAAAACUUGUCGGGACAGUAAGGGACUGGGUGCCGAAGGGACGUGGCGCUGGGACCCGGUGGCCCCCGUGAGUACAACAUCAUCUUGUGCUGUACCAACUUGUUCUUUCAAUCCAAGAACGGUUUGUGACAAUUGCAGGGCAACUGUGCAAAAUAGAAACGAGCCAAGCGAUGGUUAUUUGACAGGAUCGCAAGAGUGAGACUCGAACCAGAACCUCCGUCGGACAUACACAUGGAGGUUGUAAAAGAAAACAAAGAUGUUACUUACGAAACCUGUACAGAAAGUUUGUACGCUUUUCUUAGACUCUGUUCCUAUUUGUUUUAUGCUUCAUACCAAGUCGUUGGAACUAUUUGUACGCUUUAAGAGUUAUAUAGGUUCCAUAGUGAGCAAUAAUAUUUAAAUCAGAAUCGAUGUAAUUUUUACAUGAUAGUGCAUCCUUAUCAUUGUACAUACGCAUGUGAUAUCAGUUAUAUUGCCCUAGCUUAUCAGAAUAUCAGAACGACGCCACAUGCUGAUAUGUGUAAUUUCUCCUGUACACCAAAGAAAGGGCCUCAAAUGUACCGAAUGGGGGGUUCGGCUGGACAGUAGACACAUUGUGACGAUAAUUUUAUUCACUUUUGCAUAAUCGUCGUAUGCUUUUGUUUUUGUUUUCUCGACGUUCUCAAACUGAGACAACCACUGACGAGGAAUAUUUCCUUACUUAUCUUAUUAUUAAAGAAAAAGUGUAUCCUUAUGAUGAAAGCGUGUGCGUGUCGCCAAUCUGUUCCUCUGUCAGAGAAACCAUAUUUCUUCCUCAGAACUUAAUAAAGUUGGAAGGAAAAAGAAAA